GAUCCCGCAACACUCGAACCAAGAAAAGGCCCGUUCACACCGCCACUCCGCCCUCCCGUUUCAAUCAUCCAACCAAUGGCAGUGGAAAUUAACCCCCACCCCGCUCGCUGGGCGUGCACGGGUCCCGAAUGGUUGGAUUGUCUGUGUCGUUACCGCCGCGGUGGGUUGGGUGCGGCUCGUACCACCCUUUUUUUUUCUUUUUCCCUUCUCCCUCUCUCUCUGGUGAUGGAGGUCUUCGAGGCGGUGCGGACGGCAGGCUAGAUUUGCCUUGUCCGUCGUUUAUGCUCUCGUUUAUGGGUACGAGUGCAGGUGUGAUACGUGGGGGGUUCGUGAGUUGCACUGUAUCAUACUGGAACUUCCUCCACUCCACUCCUGCCUACCUGCUGAUCUUGAUGAAAAAAAAUCCUCAUGCCCAGGAGCCAUCCCGUAAUUCUAAUACUGUGGUGUCAAUAAGAGUGGUAUGGCAAACAAUGUCCGCAUCCCAGCUCCUACUUCUACCGUACUUGUACCCCCCUCCCCUUGCUCCCCCCCAGAUCCCAAUCCACGGAGUUGGGAAUGCCCUGUACUGCACUAGUGCUCGUGCUACAUUGACACCUUCACGAUGGUUGUUGGGUACGGGCCCGAUAGUAAGGCGCCGUCGAUGGUGGCGUUGCAGAUUUGUUUGCUCGUCCUCAGCUCGUUUGCCAUUGGGCUCAGGGUUUACUCCAGAUGCAGGAUUACGAAGCAUUUUGGGCAUGAUGACAGUGGGUUCUUUCUUCUUCUUUCCCCUCCUUUCCCCGACCAUUUGCUGACUUUUGGGGAUAGCUUUUAUUUUGAUUGCUUGGGUAUGUGUGAUGGUCUGGCCGUUUCUAUAGGUUGAUAUUGAUUGAAAUGGGAGGGUUACCGUAGCUGUUGAUGGCUGUACGGACUGGAAUGUUUCUUGCCGGUUUGUUCUGCGUUUAGCUGCUCUGCUUGGCCGUGAAUUGACCGGUGGUCUCGGUGCAGCGAUCCAACUCGGCGGCGGUUCACACAGGGAAUACGUCCCAGAGGAAGGUUUCCUGACGUAUACGAGGGUCCUCCGCUCCCCUCCCUUCGCCAUCGCUAAGGCUGACCCGUAUUCUGCAGCUAAUCUACCUGACUGUCAUCCCCAUAAACAUCGAGUUCUGCCUUGUAAAGACCUCCCUCCUAUUCCUGUACCUCCGCAUAUCAGUCGACCAGGCCUUCCGACGCGUGAACUACGUCUUCCUGGUCUUCAUUUUCCUAAACUACCUCGCGCAAAUCCUCGUCUGGAUCUUCCAGUGCGAUCCUAUAAACAAGGCCUACGAUGUGAGCCUUCCCGCCAACGUGGGGGAGUGCCGGCUGUCCGUGGUUGUUUUCACCUGGUACAAUUGCGCGGGGAACGUAUUCGUGGACUUGGUCCUGCUGUCUCUCCCCGUCUGGAUGAUGUGGGGGGUGCCAGUGGCUAGGAGGCAGAAAUUAUGGGUUGUGGGGAUAUUUUCUCUUGCUAGUUUGUUGGUUGUCCUUACUGUUUGUCUUUGAAAGAGAGGGGGCGGAAGGGGCUGGGGGGAUGGACUAAUAUUGACUAUAAGCGAACAAUAAAAAGCAGCGCAUGCGUUAUCAGUAUCAUAAGGAUGGGGUUUAAUGCGAAGAGCCCGCAAGCCGGCUAUGAUAGAACUUGUAUAUCACCCCCCCCUCUCCCUCCCUCCCCCAGACAAUUUUAACAGAAUCCAGACAAUGACAGCAUCUCCGGAACCCUAACAUCCCUAGAAUCGAGCGUGGCGAUGAUCUGCGCUUGUCUACCCACCUACAAAGCAGUCCUAACCCGCCUCUUCCCGAAGCUGAAAUGCGCCAAAUCCCACAGCCAUAUUCGUCUCCACCACCACUUAUCACCAGUACCCACCCCAACCUUCCCGCCUGGGGACCUGAAACACAUCGCGGAGCUAAACACCAGCUCGCAGACCAACACCUUCGACCUGGAAUACUGCGAAGCUACCUCUGCACGGGGCCAUACCAGUGCAGGAGCAAGAGGCGGGAGCGUGUUCGGCACUAGCAAGACAAGCUUAUGCAUCCAUCAUCACCACAACCACAACCAACCAGACGAAACCGUGGUGAUGCCUGCGGGCGCGGGAGAGGCCCUGGGAAUGACCCACGUGGUUAGGAAGCGGGAGAGUAGGCCUUUGUCUAUCACCCAGGAAUUUAUCAGGGAGAUUGGGCUCGUCGUGGAUGAGCGAAGAUUGGUCGUUGAGGAAAUGGAGGAGUGGGAGGGCGGGGAUAUGAGGAAUUUGGGAACACCGAGGGGUGGUAGGAUAGUUGAUGAUGGGUAGUAUAGUAGUGGGAGAGGGAAGGGCGUUGGCGUAUUUGCUGUUACAUUUUUGACUUUGGUUGGUGGUUUGCGACUUGAUUUUGUUUGAAUUUCUGGGUUGGCGUUGGUUUAUAAUGGUGGGCGCUUCAUGUGUUUUGUGUUUGGCAUCUUUUACAAGUAUGCCUUUCUCUUGGUGUGAUAUGUUUAAUCCUGGGGGGCUGUUUUAUAAUUAUGUAUAUAUUCACGGGUUUUGAAUCGUCUUGGUUUUUUCCCGUCCUUUUUUGCAGCAGGUGCGUUGUACAGAUUAUUUUUAAUGGGGAGGUUUUUUUUGGGAGGAGUUUCCUCUUAUAUUUUCUCCCGCCUUAUGGCUCAAUUAUAUUUGUCUUUGUAGUAUAGGAUACUUUGGGUGGAUAGCUUUACAUAAAGUUAAGUUCCAGUGGGGAAUUUCAAAAGGAAAAAAAAAAGGGAGUCAAGAAUUUAAAAGAUGUAUACAAAAACCGGACCAACUAAUUUUUCCCAUAUC